CCCGUGCCGCCAUAUUGGAGGAGAAGGAGCCUCCGCCAGCUCUGCCUCCGGAGGGGGGUACGCCGGCCCUCGCUGCCUCCGCCUUCCCCCGCCGCGGCCGAGCCCCGCUCCCCAUGACGCGCCCCGGCUCGCAGCAGCCCCGGUGCGGAUAGGACGGAGGCGGGAGCGGAUCGCGCCCCUUCUGCUCCCCGCCCCCCCCCCCCUUCCCCCCGAGCUGCCGCGAGCCCCUUUCCCCGCGGCGGGCCUCUGCCCUCUCGCCGCCUCCAGCCAUGACUUCCCUGACCCAGCGCAGCUCCGGCCUGGUGCAGCGCCGGACCGAGGCCUCCCGCAGCGCCGCCGCCGACAAGGAGCGGGGGGCGGGGGGCGGCCCGGAGGAUGAAGGCCGCCGGGACGAGUCCGGCGACGACGAGAAGGGUGACUCCAAGGAAACGCGGCUCACCCUCAUGGAGGAGGUGCUGCUCCUGGGCCUCAAGGACCGUGAGGGUUACACAUCAUUCUGGAAUGACUGUAUCUCCUCAGGAUUGCGUGGCUGUAUGUUAAUCGAAUUGGCAUUGCGAGGGCGUCUUCAGCUGGAGGCUUGUGGAAUGAGACGGAAAAGUCUAUUAACAAGAAAAGUGAUUUGCAAGUCAGAUGCUCCUACAGGGGAUGUUCUGCUUGAUGAGGCCCUGAAACACAUAAAAGAGACUCAGCCUCCUGAAACAGUACAAAAUUGGAUUGAACUGCUUAGUGGUGAAACGUGGAACCCACUGAAGUUGCACUACCAGCUGCGAAAUGUCCGUGAACGGUUAGCUAAAAAUCUAGUGGAAAAAGGUGUAUUGACAACAGAGAAACAGAACUUCCUUCUCUUUGACAUGACUACACACCCUCUCACCAACAACAAUAUCAAACAGCGCCUCAUCAAGAAGGUUCAGGAGGCAGUUCUUGACAAGUGGGUGAACGACCCUCACCGCAUGGACAAGCGCUUGCUGGCACUGGUGUACUUGGCCCAUGCCUCGGAUGUCCUGGAGAAUGCUUUUGCCCCUCUCCUGGAUGAGCAGUAUGAUUUAGCCACGAAGAGAGUGCGGCAGCUUCUGGAUUUAGACCCUGAGGUGGAAUGUAUGAAAGCCAACACGAAUGAGGUUCUGUGGGCUGUUGUAGCAGCUUUCACAAAAUAACUGCAUUCAGACUGAAGUGUUCUCGCUUCUUUAGUGUGAACCAGUUGUUUCUCUUCUAUUGACUAUUUCAUGUUUUCUGUAAUUUGUACCUUCUCACAUGAUGAAUCGGCUCUUGUUUGAUGGGAAUUAUAAGUGGUGUAUUCCCUCCUUCUCUGUGUAUCUGUAUACAGGAUUCUGCUGGUACAAGAGACCUUCCUGUUUAAAAGCAAGAGAAAAAAAGGGUUUACUGCCAUAUUGGCAUUCCAUUUCCUGUUCAGUUUGAGUUAUCCAAAAUACUGUGUUUAUUCUAUUUUUCGUCUUAUUGAAGUGGUUUAACAUGGAAAGCACCUCAAGGAGGAAAUGUGCAUGCAGUUGGAUCCCUACUCUCAGCUGACACAGAUGUGUGCAUGCAUCAAUACUUCUGCAGUACAAUUCAUAGCAGAUUAAAAGGGCCUUUUUAAAUCACCAAAGCUCCAUGUUGAAGUGUCUGUCAGGACAUUUUAUACACAGAUGUUGUUUCAAUUACAUCGAACAAAAUGACUUUAAAAGCAGAAAUGCCAUUAAAGCAGCUUUGUCAAUAGUUCCUGUAAAAUGCCCCAUAAAUUUUACUUUUCAUGCAAGUCUCUUGUGUACUUACAUUUUCAUUAGAACAAUAGCUAAGUCAUAAGGCUAGUAUAGAAAGGUCCAGUUGUUUCAUAAAGCAGUUUUGGGAUGGGAUACAUUCCAUUAUAUUGUAUAUAUAGUUUAAAUUGUAUAUUAACAAACUGCCCCAUCUUAGUAUUUUGCAAGGCCUACUUAGUUGUAUACCUUGUGCCCCUUAUUUGCUCUCAGCCAUUGCCAUUCAAUGGAAAGAAAGGCCCCCCGUAAAAAGAGCACGUAUGUGAAAGCUGUUUGUUUCCUGUGUCUGCAGAGUUUGCCUUCCAGGUAUUCUCAGUCUAUGCAUUGCCUUUGGUCAUCAGUGUAUGGAAAGAGACAGCUUUCUGUCCUUGUUGGUACUUUCUGGGUUCUUUCUCCCUCCUCCGGUGUGGGAGAGGCUCACAACCAGUGCAGUUCUUGGGUGCCGUUUUUAAUUUUGUGCACAGAGGAAUGUUUGUUUCUUCAACCUCAUCAUCUUGUUUAACACUCUAAAAAUCAGUCCUGGCAGGUGUUGCGUGUCAAUGGUUAGAGAGUGACCGCCACAGUUCAGAUGAUUAAGGUUUCUGUAACGGGACACUCUGCUGUAUUAUCAUUUUUAGUAUCAAUUACUCCGAUUAGCACACUAUUUUAAAAAAAAACAAAAAACAAAAAAGAAGCAUAUAUAAAAAACUUUGGCUUUUAAAAAUGUAUUGCCUUCUUGCCACUGCUUGUUUUCUCCCAUUGGUUUCACAGUGUAAGUAUUUUGCAUUGAAAAAUCAGUGUUGAUUUUUUUCCUCAUAACAAUGCAGAUUUAUAGUGGGGCUCACAGGUGUGUAGAAACUUUUUUGAUUACUAUUCAGAGCAAGAAUACUAGAUGGUGUAUAACUGUAGAGUUGAAAUUUAAGGGAUCCCUUAAUCUGUAUACUAGCUUUUUACCUACAGUAAAUAAACUAUGAUCUUGAAAGUGCCUGAAACAGA